UACGGCGUUGAUAGCGAUUUACAAGCGAGAGUACGUGCAGCAAUCGAAUCAGAGAGACAUGCUUAUCAAUCAAAAUCAUGGUUGCAGAACAGGAUGGAAUCGAACGGUACUCCUUGCGCAGCAAGAUCGGCCCGACCUUGCCCACCGAGCAAGUAUAGAACUCCUUCCGGAACAUGCAAUAAUGUCAGGCAUCAUGAUUGGGGUGCCAGGGGUUCUCCGUUUUUAAAAUUAUUACCUCCUGCGUAUUCCGAUGGUAUUGGAAGUCCACGGCAAUCUUUGAGCAGUCAUAGUAUUCCAUCAGCAACGGAAGCAAUCGAGAGGAUACGAAGUUCGUUGAAAUUUAACGAAUCUCACGAAGCAUUAACCAGUUUGGCCGGUGUAUGGUCCGAAUUAGUACUCGAGGAUAUAGCAUCUACGGUCCAUGUCGAUCCUGAUAGCAGAUAUCGGUGUUGUUCGACUACCGAUCGACACUCGGAAUGUUACGAGAUCAACGAUCGAGAAAGAUGCACCGGUUACAUGAGAUCCGUUCCAACAUUGUCGAUCGAUGAAUGUGGAUUCGAAUAUAGGAAACAAAUGAACAGCGAAUCAAGUUAUUUGGACGGUUCGAAUCUUUAUGGAAGCAAUGACGAUAAAUUACAUAAAAUUAGAAGUUACGUUCGUGGGAAGGUAGAACCAUCAGCCUGUCAGAUUUGCAACGAUUCAAAUCCUACUCCAUUAGGUCGUCUUUACGUAGUACUCUUAAACGAACAUAAUCGAAUAGCUGAAAGAUUAUGGGAACUUAAUGAACAUUGGGACGACACGAAAUUAUUUCUCGAAGCAAGACGAGCAUUAAUAGCCGAAAUUCAGCAUAUAACAUUAAACGAAUAUGUACCAAGUAUCCUAGGCGAGUUAGCUUUGAUCGAUCCUGAGUUAAGACCUGCUACCAAUGGAUUCUUUAAUGGUUACUCGUCAACGAACAAAGCAGGAACUUAUGACGCUGUUGCUUUGGCCGCGUUGCGUAUUUUGACCUCCUUACGCAAACAGAAUACGUGUUACUCAGGCAUGUGUCUCGAAGAUCACGUCACUACGUUAGCUAAUCGUGUUAGUUUUAAUCUUGGCAUUUCCAUGAUUAAUUCGAACUUUGUUGCUGCCGCUGCUAGAUCUGUUCAUAUUGCACGUGAUCAUGGCGUACCUGGAUAUAUUAAAUUUAUACAAUUUUGUUCGGGUAAUCUCAGUCAGCCGAAAAACUUCAAUGACCUCGAACGAGUUAUGCAACAGAAGAAUGUUAAAUUACUGGAAUCUAUUUAUACCAGAAUAGAAGACGUGGACCUUUUGGUAGGAGGAAUCCUGGAAAUACCAUCGAAAGGCAUGGCAGUAGGCCCAACGUUUUCUUGUCUUCUAAAGAAACAAUUUGUUAACAUGAGAUAUUCGGAUAGAUUCUGGUAUGAAAACGAUAUUCCGCCAUCGGGUUUAACGUCGGAACAAUUAACAGAGAUACGUAAGGUUUCACUCGCGGGACUUAUCUGUGCCAAUAGUGAAAUUCGUAAAAUUCAGCCUAAUGCAUUUAUCCAACAAGAUUCUUAUCUUAAUGCUAAAAUUAAAUGUAACCAGUACGAAGUAUUGGAUUUGUCAGCUUGGAGGGACGAACCUGUCCCCGUACCUGUCCUAGAUAAUUACAUGACAACUACUCAAUCAAUUCCUGAUUUAUCAUUUGAAAUAAGUCCAGAUUUAAUAGCAAUGGCAGUGAAAAAGGCUGAACAAGAUCUGAUCGAAAGGAAACAAUUGGAAUAUAAUGCUUGGUUGGAACAAAGAAUAGCUGAUCCGAAAUCACCAGCUGGUACAGCUGCGAGCUUUUCGAAAGCAAACAAAGAUGCUUUGUUAUUGGCCAAUUCGUCGAUAAUGUACGAGCUAGCAACGAACGAGAUCUUAAACGGCGUUCAUGGACUUCGACGUAGAAAGCGACAGAUAUUUGAUAGCACGGAUAACGUUCUUGGCUUUCCAAAUAAUGAUUUCUCCGAUAUCCUUCAAAACGUUGAUAUUUCUGGAUUUUUACCUCACAACAAGGCUACCAAUCAUGAUGAAAUAGAAUGUCCAGUUGAUAACAGUCCUUGCGAUCCCACAACACCAUACAGAACAUUGUCAGGACAUUGUAACAAUCUUCGCAAUCCAAAUCUAGGUCAAUCCUUGACCACAUUCGCUAGAUUGUUACCACCGGUGUACGAAGACGGCGUGUCCAAGCCAAGAACUAGAUCUGUAACAGGUGUUCCCUUACCUAAUCCAAGAGUAGUAUCGACAGUGAUUCAUCCAGAUAUUUCGAACCUUCACAAUAGAUACACGUUAAUGGUUAUGCAGUUUGCUCAGUUCCUUGAUCACGACUUAACUAUGACACCGAUUCACAAGGGUUUCGCAGAGUCUAUACCAAGUUGUAGAUCGUGUGAUUCUCCGCAAACGGUUCACGCCGAAUGCAAUCCGUUCCCUGUACCGCCAGGUGAUCAUUUUUAUCCGACGGUAAAUGUCACGUCUGGCGCACGAAUGUGUUUCCCAUCGAUGAGGUCGUUGCCCGGCCAACAACAUUUAGGUCCUAGAGAACAGGUGAAUCAGAACACGGCUUACUUGGAUGGCUCAGUGGUAUAUGGCGAGAACAAUUGUAUAUCUAACAUUUUACGUGGUUUUAAUGGUCGUAUGAAUAUGACUACGAAUAAUAAUCGCGGCAAGGAUUUAUUACCACAAUCGGCUACACAUCCAGAAUGUAAGGCAAGAUCGUCUUAUUGUUUUAUCGGUGGGGAUGGUAGAGCAUCGGAGCAACCGGCUUUAACGGUUAUGCAUACCAUGUGGAUACGAGAGCACAAUAGAAUCUCCGAUGGAUUAAAAUUAAUCAAUCCGCAUUGGGAUAAUGAAAAAUUGUAUCAACAAUCUCGGCGUAUAAUCAGUUCUAUGCUUCAACAUUUAACAUACAACGAAUUCUUACCAAGAAUUUUAGGAUGGAAUGCUGUUAGUCUUUACGGCUUGAAAUUACUUCCUCAAGGCUAUUACAAAGAAUAUUCGCCAACUUGUAAUCCCAGUGUCUUGAACGAAUUUGCAACGGCUGCCUUUAGGAUAGGCCAUUCCUUAUUGAGACCGCAUUUACCACGAAUGGAUCGCAAUUAUCAGAACAUCGAGCCUCCUAUACUUUUACGUGAUGGAUUCUUUAAUCCUGAUAUGCUUUAUCAAUCGGGUAUGGUGGACGAAAUGACACGUGGAUUGGUAUCGACACCUAUGGAAACUCUCGAUCAAUUUAUCACCGGAGAAGUGACCAAUCAUUUGUUUGAAAAUCGACGAAUUCCACAUUCUGGCGUGGACUUGAUUGCUCUAAAUGUUCAUCGAGCUAGAGAUCAUGGAAUACCAUCUUAUAAUCAAUACAGAGCUCUUUGUAAUUUAAAGAAAGCGAGUACCUUCGAGGAUCUGUCAAGAGAGAUGGCGCCGGAAGUUAUAGCACGUAUGAAACGAAUUUAUGCAUCGGUAGACGACAUUGAUUUGUUCCCUGGUGGGAUGAGUGAAAGACCUCUCCAAGGGGGCUUGGUAGGUCCGACAUUUGCUUGCAUAAUAGCGAUACAAUUCAGACAAUUAAGGAAAUGCGAUCGUUUCUGGUACGAAACCGAUGAUCCUAAUAUUCGAUUCACCGAACAUCAAUUGGCCGAAAUUCGUAAAACGACUUUGUCCAAAGUUAUGUGCGAGAACAUGGACGAGCACGCUGAGAUGCAAAGGGCAGCUUUCGAUUUACCAAGUAAUUUCUUGAAUCCUAGAGUACCUUGCAGUUCGAUGCCGCAUAUGGAUUUCUCUGCUUGGCGAGAAACUAGGCACGGUUGUCAAAUCGGUGGAAGGAACGUUGCCGUUGGUGAUUCUGGUUUCCCUACACCUUGUACUAGUUGUGUUUGCACGACGGAAGGUACCCAAUGUGCAUCUUUACGCGUAACCGAUUGCAAUCAACUAUUACGCGAAGCAUCCCGCGAAGCAAUCUUGAGAGAUGACGUCUGUACAGCGCAAUGCGGUUUCAUUUUAGCUGCAACCGAAUCAUCUUCGAGAAGUCUUCCACAGUUCACUACGCCUACCAGUUUUCCUACCUUUGGUCCAAUCAGAAAUAAUCACAGAAGUUUGCCAACGCCGUUUUCGUUCAACGGCUUCAAAUUACCCGAUCUUUCGCAAUUCAUAGGCUGAAUAUUAGGACAAUUUUGUCUCUUAUAAAUGAGAUCACUAAGG